AUGGAAGAAGAAAGCAACCAAACAUCUUGCUUUAUAGACCCCAAUGUUGCACAUCCCAUUCUGAUUACAAUUUACGUUGUGAUUUUCAUUGGAGGAUUAACUGGAAUAAGUCUUAUGAUUUUCUUGAUAAUAGGCGCAAACAAACUGUCUGUGACAACCACAUCAGUCAUCAAUCUCUUGCUUGUCCAUGGUAUUUUUCUUAUUUCUAUUCCUUUUCGCAUUGCAUACUAUGUUCAGAAGAAAUGGAGCUAUGGACUUUUUUUCUGCAGAAUAGUUAGUGCCAUGACACACAUCCAUAUUUAUAUUUCUUUUAUAUUUUACGUCAUCAUGCUGUCCAUGAGGUACAUCAGCUUCUUUAAGAAAAAGGACAAGAUUGAGUUCUACAGGAUGCUCCAUUCAUUAGGAGUCAGCGGGGCUACGUGGAUUGUUACAUCCAUUAUAAUCCUACCUUUGGUUUUCACACAAUAUGGUAAAUCUGCUAACUUCAAUGAAACAGAGUGUUUCCAAUUUCAAGAUGCCUUUGAGAGCCAGGCUGUGGUUAUAGUGAACUAUAUCUCCUCAGCCAUCAUAUUCACAGUGGUUUCUUGUCUUCUGGCUGUGCAGAUAUUUAUAAUAGUUGAGGUCAUAAAACAAGUCCAGAGACCUAUCCUUGCCUAUCAGGAAACCUGGGUGCAACUUAAAAGUCUCUUCUUUAUUUUAGUGAUGAUAAUGUGUUUCUUUCCUUUCCAUAUGUUAAAGAUCUACUAUGUGAACCACACAAAGGAAUGCUUCUAUGCCAAUGAAAUUUGUUUGAGCAUAACUGCACUCAGUUGUUUAGAUUUCCUUUUCUUUGCGGUAAAAACUUACUACCGAAAAGUAUUUCAGUUCAUAUCAUUUGAUACAUGA